ACCACAUAUAAAAGCACGCUUCAAUUUAAUCAACCAUCAUAUUUCUCCAAUCCUAGCUCUUCUCAGCUCAGAAUGAAGUGCAUUGUGCUGUUGUUUGCUGUGGUCUCCUGCGCCUCGGCGUACUACUUCGUCACACCAAGUGCUUACUACGGCGGCGUUAGCCCUUACAUCUGGAGAAAGAAGCGGUCUGCCCCUGAGGCCCCCGCUGAUGAUCAGCAGGCUGACCCUGCCCUGCUCUACAACAGCUACCUUGGCUACCCCUACUCUUCGUACAUCCACUAUCUGAAGAAGCGCGAGGCCCCGGCUGAAGAUCAGCAGGCGGACCCUGCUCUGUACUUAAACAGCUACUAUGGCUACCCUUACUCUUCUUGGGCCCACUACCUGAAGAAGCGUGAGGCCCCCGCUGAUGAUCAGCAGGCUGACCCUGUCAUGUUCUACAAGAGCUACUAUGGUUACCCCUACUCUUCGUACAUCCACUACCUGAAGAAGCGCGAGGCCCCGGCCAAAGACCAGCAGGCUGAUUCGGCCAUGAUUUACAGAAGCUACUAUGGAUACCCGUACUCUUCUUGGGCCAGCUAUUUCAAGUAGAUUGUUCCGUCACCAAGGGUUGAUGCUUCCCCCACGGAUUAUUUUAAAACUGAUCGCUGCCGACCGAUAACAAAUAUCUGAGAGUUCAAGUUGAUAUGCUAAGUAUGAACUGCGCUUGUGAGUUGUGGUUGUGUCAAACGGACAUCGUUUAUAAUAAAACAUUCAAAUCACGA